CACACAAACACACACACACACACACACACACACACACACACACACCCCGCCGGCCGGUCCUUCCCGCAGCGCAGUCGCGCAACAGCGGCAACAACCGCGGAGCAACAGCAACAACUGCAGCAACAGCAGAGGAGCAACAACAACUGCGGCGACAACAACGGCUGCAACAACGGCGGCGGCGGCGGCGGGCCCGGCAGAUUCAAGAUGUUGAAAGUACUUUUCCUGGCCACUUUGACGUUUGCUCUUGUGAGGUCACAGGAUCUAGAAGAAACCAUCACUUACACGCAAUGUACAGAUGGUUACGAAUGGGAUCCCGUAAGGCAGCAGUGCAAAGAUAUUGAUGAAUGUGACAUCGUCCCAGAUGCCUGCAAAGGUGGGAUGAAAUGUGUUAACCACUACGGAGGAUAUCUCUGCCUACCCAGAACUGCCCAAAUUAUUGUCAAUAAUGGGCAGCCAGAGCCAGAAUCAAGAGCCCCCGCUGAGCCAGCUGCCAGCAGCCGAAAUAACUUCGUCAUUCGCCGGACCCCAGCUGACCCUCAGCGAAUCCCUUCUAACCCCUCUCAUCAGAUUCAGUGUGCCACGGGGUACGAGCCCAGCGAGCAGAACGUGUGCCAAGACAUAGAUGAGUGCACAACAGGAACUCAUAACUGCAGGGCAGACCAAGUGUGCCUAAACUUAAGAGGAUCUUUCAGCUGCCAGUGCCCGCCGGGUUAUCAGAAACGGGGAGAUCAGUGUGUUGACAUCGACGAAUGCAUCAUUCCUCCUUAUUGCCACCAGCGAUGUGUCAACACACCAGGUUCCUUUUAUUGCCAGUGCAGUGCUGGCUUCCAGCUAGCAGCAAACAACUACACCUGCGUGGACAUAAAUGAAUGCGAUGCCAGCAACCAAUGUGCCCAACAAUGCUACAAUUUACUUGGUUCCUUCAUCUGCCACUGUAAUCAAGGAUAUGAGUUAAGCAGUGACAGACUCAAUUGUGAAGAUAUUGAUGAAUGCAGAUCCUCCAGCUACUUGUGUCAAUAUCAGUGUGUCAACGAGCCAGGAAAGUUCUCCUGCGUGUGUCCCGAUGGAUACCAAGUGGUAGGAAGUCGAACAUGUCAAGAUAUAAAUGAGUGCGAGACCACCAAUGAGUGCCGGGAGGAUGAGAUGUGCUGGAAUUACCACGGAGGAUUCCGUUGUUACCCGAGAAAUCCUUGUCAAGAUCCUUAUGUCCUGACCUCAGAGAACCGCUGUGUUUGCUCGUCACCAAGCACCGUAUGCCGAGAACUUCCCCAGUCCAUUGUCUACAAGUACAUGAGCAUCCGUUCAGAUAGGUCUGUACCAUCAGAUAUCUUCCAGAUCCAGGCCACCACUAUCUAUGCCAACACUAUUAACACUUUCCGGAUUAAAUCUGGAAAUGAAAAUGGAGAGUUCUACUUAAGGCCGACGAGUGCCGUGAGCGCGAUGCUUGUGCUGGUGAAGUCGCUCUCUGGACCGAGGGAAUACAUUGUCGACCUGGAGAUGCUAACGGUCAAUAACUUGGGGACCUUCCGCACCAGCUCGUUGUUAAGGUUAACGAUAAUCGUGGGGCCGUACUCCUUUUAGUCGCUCCGGAAGAAACACCUACAGGCACUUCAAUCAGCUAAAGAAUAUCGUUAUCUUAAAGCACUUACUAUUUUAUUUAUAGACAUAUCUAGUAAGGCUGCAUCUGUAUUCUGUACACUCACCUGUAAUUCCAAAGCUGGCACCAUGUUAUAAAAGUGGGCAUUGUCACAUACUGUAAAGAGUCAAGGUUUGCCUUUAUUGCCGAAUCUGAAUAUGCCGUGGAUUCGCCAAGAUUGUCUAGGUCUAGAGAUCUCUGCAUACACACUCUCUUGUGAAACUUCAGUGUUUUUCUUAUCCAAGUAGGGCAAGCAAAAGAGAAUCGCCUGUAGCACUUAGAAUGGUUUCCAAGGCAAUUUUAGCACAGCUCCACUGACAAUCUCAUAAAGGAAACAAAGGCUUGGUUCUGAGUAACAUCCAAAUGAAAGACUAUCUAGUGGGUUAAAAUGUUUUUUUCUCCUUUUUUGUAAGAAAGAGAAAAGGUCAAUAAAAAUCUAUUUCUUUAGAAAA